AUGCUGGUGCUGGGCUGCCACAGCAUCCAGCUGGGGAAGUACCAGGGUCAGACCUUCCGGUGGCUCCUGGAGAACGACGCGGGCUACACCUGUCACCUGGUCGCCAGUCACCAGUGGGAGCGGGAGACGAGUGCCUUGGACAGCCCGUUCAUGGCCAACAAGGACAGCCUCGCCCGCUACUCCUGCGCCCACCCCGCUUUUGCUGAGCACCUCGAGUUCCGCCGGGCGCAGGAGGAGGCCCGGGCUCGCGCCACUCUGCCCGGGCGGGGGGGCGAGGCGCUUGUUGGCUUCGGGCAGUUCAAGGAGGACACCCUGAAGGACCUGUACGACUCCAAGGAGAAGGAGCGUCAGAACUACGUCAAGUGGCUACGGCGGAAGACCCCGCAGCCUGGGAGCUCCAUGGACGUCGCCAUAAAGUACAUUCUGGGCCGAGACAAGGAGCGGUCGGCGGAGGCGGCUGCUACACCCCCUCCGCCCGCCAGCAGCAGCACCAGCAGCGGCCCCAGCACCACCACCAGCCAGGCCGCUGCUUCCACCGUGCUGCCGCCCCGCAAGCCGACCACUCCCAAUUUCUCGGCCCUUGUGCGGGGGCGUCCGAUGGGCCCCAGGGAGCUGCAGGCCCAGAUCAGGAAACUGAUUAACCCACCAGCACGGCCUGCAGCUCCAGCGGUGUCUUCCGUCAGAGACCAGCGCCCCUCGGUUCCGCCGCCCCCCACCACAGAGGUGACGGACGAGGAGCUGGUCCGGAUGGUCACUGACGUAGAAAUGGGUAACUGGCACCACACCGGACGUGUCGCACUGUAACAUUGGCCUUGGAUAUCUAUUCGUGAGUCAGUAUGUUUGCAUUAACUGUAACUUUUUCAUUUGCUGGUCGCUAAAGCUGAUGCCUGAAGGAUAAAGGUAGGUUUAUCAGGUGAUGUAGCCGUCUUUGUAGGUGGUAGACGCGCCGUCCUCACUCACGUGGUGGUAAUGUGGAUUUGAUUAAACUCCCAGUCUAGCAAACCUCGCCUUGUAACUAACAGUCGCCUUGUAGCACACCUCUUAACGGUCGCCUUGUAGCACUAAACCAUUUUAUCUAA